CCAGGUAUCUGGAACCUCACCGCUAUACUCUACUCUCCACUUCUCUGCUUCAUAUUUGUCUCUUCCUGGUCGUGUUCUCUCGUGGCUCUCGUCCCAAGCUACGAACAAGUAGAGAGAGAGAGAGAGAGAGAGAGAGAAACAAGGAGAAAAACCAGUAUCCAAAACAAGCAUCAGAGAGAGAGAGAGAGAGAGAUAAAAAGAUUUGAGAUUCUUCUGUUACUUCCAGCCAAAACCAAAAAUGGGUUUCACUGCAUUUCUGUUCUCUCUCCUGUUUCUGCUCACAAGUCCAGCAUGGGUGUGGGCAAACCCAGAGCUUAGAGCGCUGAUGGACGUGAAAGCAGCUUUGGACCCACGGAGGCAGUACCUCUCUUCAUGGACUAUCAAUGGCGACCCAUGUGACGGUUCUUUCGAAGGCGUGGCUUGCAAUGAGAGACGUCAGGUGGCCAACAUCUCGUUGCAGGGAAAGGGGCUCUCAGGCAGGCUCUCUCCCGCCAUCUCUGGUCUCAGGCACUUGACGGGCCUCUACUUGCAUUAUAACUCUCUAAGCGGACAGAUACCCAGAGAAAUAGCAAAUUUGAUUCAGCUGAGUGAUUUGUAUCUGAAUGUCAAUAAUCUCUCUGGAGAGAUACCUCCUCAGAUCGGAAACAUGGCUGGUUUGCAAGUAUUGCAACUUUGUUAUAACCAGUUGACCGGAAGCAUACCUACACAGCUGGGUUCACUGCAGAAGCUUAGUGUUAUUGCUCUGCAGUCUAACCAAUUAACUGGAGCAAUCCCUGCAAGUUUAGGGGAUUUAGAAAUGUUAUCGCGGCUAGAUUUGAGCUUCAAUCACCUCUUUGGUUCAGUUCCCUCAAAGUUGGCCUACGCCCCUUUGCUAGAAGUUGUAGACCUUCGAAACAAUACUCUCUCAGGCAGUGUACCUGCCGCUUUGAAGAGACUGAAUGAAGGAUUCUUAUAUGAAAACAACCUGGGUUUAUGUGGUGUUGGGUUUUUAUCUUUGAAAGCUUGCAAUGCUUCGAGUCAUCUCAAUCCAGGUCGCCCUGAACCGUUUGGACCGGGUGCAACCAAUCAGCCAACAAGAGACAUACCAGAGACAGCAGAUGUGCAGUUACCUUGCAAUCAAACUCGGUGCUCAAACUUGUCAAAAUCCUCGCGGGCUUCUGUUGCUGUUGGUGUAGUUGUGGUAACAAUUGCAUUAUCAGCUAUAGGAAUUCUGACCUUCGCUCACUAUCGCCGCCGGAAACAGAAGCUGGCUACGGCAUUUGAUGUAUCUGCUAGUCGACUUAGUACUGAUCAGGCCAGGGGGGUUUACAGGAAGAAUGGCUCUCCUCUCAUCAGCCUUGAGUACUCCAGUGGGUGGGAUCCUUUAGCUGACGGGGGGAAUUUCAGUGGGUUUGAGCAAGAAGUCUUCCAGAGCUUCAGGUUCAAUUUGGAAGAGGUGGAGUCAGCUACUCAGUACUUUUCUGAGGUGAAUUUGUUGGGUAAGAGUAACUUCUCUGCAACUUACAGAGGAAUUUUAAGAGACGGGUCUGUUGUUGCUAUUAAGAGCAUCAGCAAAAGUAGCUGCAAGUCGGAGGAAGCUGAGUUUUUGAAGGGAUUAUACAUUUUGGCCUCAUACAGGCAUGAGAAUUUGGUGAGGUUGAGAGGAUUUUGUUGUUCAAGGGGCCGUGGUGAGUGCUUCCUCAUCUAUGAUUUUAUUCCUAAUGGGAAUUUGCUGCACUAUCUUGACACAAAGGAUGGUGAUAACCAUGUCCUUGAAUGGUCGACUAGAGUUUCUGUUGUGAAGGGCAUUGCCAAAGGUAUAGCAUACUUACAUAGUUACAAGGUGAACAAACCUGCUUUUGUUCACCAAAACAUUUCAGCUGAGAAGGUGCUCAUGGACCAGCGAUUCAACCCGUUUCUCUCAGAUUCUGGCCUGCACAAGCUUCUCACUGAUGACGUCGUCUUCUCAGCGCUCAAGGCGAGUGCUGCAAUGGGCUAUCUAGCUCCUGAGUACACCAGUACCGGUAAAUUCACAGAGAAAAGUGAUGUAUAUGCAUUUGGGGUGCUUGUUUUCCAAGUCCUCUCAGGAAAGCGGAAAGUCACUAGCUCGAUGCGUCUAGGUGCGGAGUCGUGCAGAGUUGAAGAUUUCAUUGAUCCAAAUCUUCAUGGUAGGUUCUUUGAAUAUGAAGCAACUAAGCUUGCAAGAAUCGCUUUGCUUUGCACGCACGAGUCUCCGAUUGAGAGGCCAUCCAUGGAAGCUGUUGUUCAAGAAUUGGGUAACUGUAGCAGUUGUCUCUGAUUUCGGCAACUUGCUUGAAGUUUCAAAUGGUAGGGUUAGAGACGAAUUGCUAACUGCUCACUGAUGAUGAAACUAGGUCCAUGGAAAUGUAGUGUCCUUUGCUGAGGACUCUUAAGCGUUGUUGUGGAUUUGAUUGAACCUUGAUUCCUUCUGGCCUGUAGAAGGGCUUGUUUUAGGGGGCAUUUUGUUUUGUAGUCACUUGUAUUUAUAUGGAAUGCAUAUUGUUGGUGAA